AUGAAGAAUAUAAAAUAUAUUCUUUUAUUACUCUGCGUAUUUUACAAGUGGGGUUUUAUACAAGGUUCUUCUUUUUCCCUUGAAGAUGAUGAAGAAGAAUAUGUAGAAGAAAAUGUAUUAUCCAAUGUUGAGGGGUCCGAUAACGCAGCAGCUGAUGACACACCCGAAUCAAACUGUUGGAUGAAGCUAAAUGCUCCACAUCACUUCACAGUCAUGGAUCAAAUUGAUGAUCGCUACAAUACAGUAAGGACUGAUAUUCACGACGCCAUGAUGGGUUCAAACUUCGAUGAGCAUAUGAUUGAAGAUCUAGUGCAAAGUAGAGGAGCCGCGCUCCGGGAAGUACACGCGUUCCACUCCACGUCAACGAUACCAUCAGGGAUCAACCUCGGGGGCUUCUGUAUGCUACGAAUGCCUGACUCAGUACUGUUUUUCCAUCGCAUGAAACUUCGCAACAAUACACAUUUCAAAAUUGAGUCAUUGCAUAACGACUUCACGAACAUGAUGGUGAGGAUAAACCUGUGCCUGCAUGACUUGCACCUGAAGGGUGCGUAUGAGCGCUCCCUCACUGACGAUGAUCCCUCCGUCCUCAUCUACGCUCCCACCUUCGGAGAAGUUGAGUUUUUGCUGAGAAACGUGAAAUACAAAAUGGAAGGCCAAUACAGAAUGAUUAAAAACAGACUCAGGAUUGAAAUGGUUAACUCCGAAAUCAUCGCUGACGAUAUUUUGAUGACUUACGUAAAUCAAGCUGCCGGAAGUUCAGCGGUAAAAAUAAAAAAGGAAAACUUAGGUAACUUCAUGAGUAGACUUAAGAUAGAUUUGGACCUUUGGCUGAAACAUUAUUUUAAUGACUACAUGAUAUUCAUCAGCCUAGAUGGAAUUAGCGAUAUAGAUAAAUAUUCAAAAUAUGACAAAGAGAGAGCCACCGCUUUAGAAGAGUACACAGACAAAGCUAUCACCGAUAUCGUGACAAGAAUAAGACAAUUAAAAGCUGAUACAAUCCCGGUGCCCGCGUUCACUUUCAAUUCCAUCCAAGGCGUGGUAAUUAAACUUUAUGAUGGCGUGAUACGAGGACUUGACAGUAUGUACAGGCGGUCAGUGGCCACCGGCGUCAAACAGAAAGACAUUCGUAGAGUUGAUACCGUCGUAGGAUUCAGCAACUUGAAGGUGGUUUACAAGUAUGAAGCAAUGUUACCGACGGGCGUGCCGCCUCUAGCUGGCGUGCUAAUCUUGUCGGCCAAUGAACUCGCGGCGCACCUGGCUUUGACCUUAGUCAAAGAUCCUGAAACCGUUGACUUGGACAUCGAAUUUCUGGAUCAGAUGAAACCGGAAUCUUUGACGGUUGAAGGAGCUGCGAAUACAAUGAUAGGAAACUUUAAGCACCUGCUGGAACACCAGAUCGUUGCCAUGAUGUCGAAUACCCUCCUUCACGGCAUAUUGAUGCUAAGAUCUCUACCCAGUUGCCAACCAUUUGCCAACCAAAUUGGAGUUAGAAUCAAACCAAAUAGUGGUGUGAUCAGUGAGUACAAAGAUUAUGCGAACCCUCAACUCAGUGGUGAAACUUUAUUUCGCGACGAAUUUGAAGUAGAGAUGGCAGUCUCUAGUGACGAAGACGAAGACUACAGAGCAGCGCUGCGCUCAACAAAUAGGCCGCAAGUUAAACAAAAUAGUACUAAAUCUAUCAAUAAGCAAUCAAAGAAAAAUAUUAAGAGGAAAAAUAAACCGGGCCAAGAGAAAAUUAAGACGAUAAGAAAUAAAAAACGUAGUAACAAUAACAAGCCAACAGCCAAAUCACAAAAUGUGAAUAAGUUAAAUAUUAUAAAGGUGCGAAAAUAA